AUGAAAAGGGUCAUUGCGACCAAUCCCAGGACUAUUUUGGCCUUGGCUAGCGUACAGGAAACGGAGUCCUCUGAUUGGCUGAGCAGCAAUACAGAAGCGUGUCUGACAGCCGUGCUGAAAACAAAACAAGACGGCCUGCAUUCCACUUGCACCAUCAUGGAUGAGCUGGCACAAGACCUAGCGUCUGCCUUGGAGCAAACCUCAGAGCAAUUCAGGGAGCUCUGGGAGGAAAUGCUUCUGAGUCCACUAAACAGGAACUGGCAGGUUUGCCAACGCAAUACUCGCAAGCAUCGUCGUAAGUCUUCUGGUCGUGCUCCCAAGCAAAGACCAUGCUGGAUGGACGCAUCAGAGUCCAGCUCAGAAGAAGCUCCUCAAAAGUCGACAGCGUCGGUGGUCAAUUUGAGUGACUCUAAUGAUGUGGCCGCUAUCAACGGGACGAGAAUGCUUUCCUGGCCUGACUCGGACUCUGUCGGUGGGAAGAAACUAGGACAGCCCCUCAGGAAGAAGAGGAAGGCCAAACGCAUGUCCUCACACAUCCCAGUCAGAUUACGAAAGAAGUUAAAAGUUUCUGGCAUGGAAUGGAAACAGAGGCCUCGGCUGUCCAGGUUGCAGCAUCCAACAUCAUUGAACAGCGGGUUGAAUUCGCAGAUUGACGGAAGGAGGCUGAUGGGGAGCCAAAGUUGGAAAAGAAAGAUCUCAUUGGAGUCCGUACAACCCACAGAUGAGAUCAUGUCUGAGAGUGAAACCAGUAGUGUCUGCAGUAGUGACACGAGCCUUCUCACCAAUGAUGAAGGCAGAGAAGGUGAUGAUGAGCAGAGCGAUUAUUGUUUUGAGGACGACUUGCAGGAGUCUUUGCUCGCAGCUACCCAAUCACAAUUCCAGAGAUGACCACCUCUGGAACUCAAUUUCUGCAGCCUGCAUGGCCAAUUCAGAGAGGCACUCUAACCACUCAAGUGCUGACAUGGGAAACAAGAAUAAAAUGUCCAUCACAUCCUCAGCACCGCUGGUUUGUUGCUUCUGGAGCUGCACGGCCGGCAAAUGAGCCCAAAGGAAAGGAGACAUUCUACAGAGAGUAUCGUUUCCUUGUCUCUCCCUCGGCAUCGGAUGCAUUAAAAGAUCAAUGUGAGCGUCCGCUGAGAGGAGAUGCAGUCAGACUCGGCAAUCACCUGACAAAGGCACCUAGGAGGCGAGUGAAUGAGUGAUGCCUGCUCUGUCUGCUCCGCCACCUCCGCCACGGCUCUUCGUGUCCACCCGCGGGUGGAAGGCUGAUGAGGAAGACGACAGAUCACGCUGUCAUAAACUCUGUUUGAACUAUCUCUUUGUCACUCCCCUGAGGUCACAGGUCAGCCCGGAAUAAAGAUUCGCUAAAGGCAGCCCUCCCACUCGCGGUGGUGUGAUCUCAUUUUCUCGGCAGAUAGGAGCAACGUCAGCCUCCCUCUGAUCCACUUGGCGGGAGGGGAGUUUGGAUGGUGAACAGUCCUGUUGACCCUUGGAUGAGCAAAGGGGGCACGGCAGCCAAAAUGGGACUGAAUAUUGAUUGUGCUGCCAUUAUGAGAACACCACUCCCAAGCUAUUUUUACAGCCGAUGAAAGGAAGCAAGAGGGCACUGCUGGUGAAGGCAAUUCCAUCUGUGACGUACUUCAGCUCCUAAAAAAAGAGGUGGAAUCCAUGUUGGGAGGGAUGAGAUAUAGAGGAGGAAGAAAAGGUGCCAUGAUACUAGGACAAGUGAGCCAAGGCAGUCAAGCGUGAUCCCGGGUUCUAAUUGGAGUCAUGUUCUGCAAGGCCUGGAGCUGCUCUUCACUCUGCAUUGGGCCCGCGUGGUGCUGGGCCUGCGGUGAGAGGAAAUAAAGGUAGGGCACAGGUACCAGGCAUGCAGGGAGAUGAUAUGUCCACCCGUCCUCCCUUCAGGCCUUUCCUACUGCGACACAUGGCACCUUGCUUCCAAGGUCACUUGACUGAAGUGGCACCACAUGGGUGAUGUGGCCCUUUUUAUCAGGGGACAUGACUUUUUAAAGAAUAUAAUGGGGACUCUGAUUUAUUCAGAAGGGGACAUGGUUCUCCCAAGUCUAUGGUGGAAAGAAAGCAAUCCAUCCCAUCUAGCUUCUGUAUCACUUGUCCUGAUUAGGACUCAAAGUCUAUCUCAGCUGACUUUGAGCGAGAGGUGCAGUUUAUCCAGUCACAGGGCACACAAACAAUUCACGUACCGGUCAGACUGGAAUGAUUCUGGAUUGUCGUAGCAAACUGGAACAUAGGAGCUGUUGACGGUGAGACAGAUGGGUUAGCUACAUGAUCUACUGUGCCGCACUGCAGCUCGUAAACACGUGAAACCGGUUUUCGGUUUAUCAUGUAUGAAGGACAUCUUACAUGAUUUAAAAUGAUCUAGUGUUGAACUUUUGUUAACUGAUCAAAUAGCCAAAUAUGCUGUAAAUAAUAUGAAAAACUAGUCAAAAUGUUUGGGAUGAUUUAAAGCAUAAAAAAAGGAACAUUUAGAUAGCAUAGCGAGAUAUACAGCAAUGAUAUGAUCAAACGAUAUGACAAUAAUGAUUUCCAAAAACAAUGCUGAAGACAGGUAAGCUACUCCAUCUGAUUUACAAUUUACAAGUGAAAAAGCUCUCUCAGCAAUACCUCUCCGAAUUGUCUAUUUUUCACUUGUGCAGGUUGCCAUUUAUUAAUCAUUGUUUAUGGGGAAAUUACAGAAAUCCGUUAAAUGAGCUACGCCAUGCAUGGGCUGGCAAUGCACUGCCAGCAUUUAUCAAUCACUCUCUUUGUGUUACUAAAGUGAAAACUGAGGAAAGUCAUUUGCACCCGAUGAAAGUUUUCCUUUGGAAAUUUUGCCUUCCAUUAAGAACCAAAUUAACCACUAGAGCAGUGCUUUUUCUCAAACAUGAGCCGCACUCGCUAAUGUGUGAUUUAUUAUGUUCUUGCCGUGCUCGUAUUACUGCUUCGGCUUGGAUUAUCCGCUCCAACCGUGAGUACACAGUGUGUGCGCACGUACGGGCGUGUGAAGCACAGACGGCAGCCAUCAUUCAGUGGUGAUGGUCGGCGGUCACACGUGACAGCAGGUGACCAGUGUCAGACAGGAAAGGUCAUAUGAGGGAUGCUUUUGGCUUACACAUCUUUAAAAAGCCUGCAGAGUACCACACACGUUUUUUGUCUGAUCAAUCUCAUUACCUCCCACCGCUCAAUUUGAGUAAUAUUUAAAAAUGUUAGCAGACUAAAUAAGCGAUUGAGCGUGGUGAUCUCACGGAUGACCUGCAGCAAGACCUUCGGCUAUGUAUUGUAGACAGAACGCCCCUCGUGCGUCAAAUUUAAAGGAGAGCCGCUUCCAUUGGAUGGCAAACAAGUCAGUUGUGUUCACCCCUACAACGGCGCAAACGCCCCUUUUCCACCUGUACUCCCAUUGUGCUUUGCAAAUCAUAGUUUUAAUGUGAAACGAUGGAGCUCUUCAACGCCCAUGGCUGGUGCAAAGGGCAGUGAUCAUUCUGUUCAGGUUAAACACCAAGCGCGCCCACCUUUGACAUUUGAUACCAUGCUUUUACCAAAAUAUCUCUAACUGCCUCAAAGGGUUUUUAUUUGUUUUGUUUUACCAUUAAGAGGGAUAAUAUCUGUCAGAUGGAGAUUAGCAAUGAAGUUUUACGUCGGCAACCUUUGUACUAGCCCUUCUAUUGUGGAAAAAGGGCAUUGAUAGGAAGGCAGAUAGAACAGAUCAAUAAGAAGUGCAGUUUUCUCCUCAGGCAUUCUUUCAUAUCUCUCCCUUGUUUGUGCUUUCAAGGGGUCGGGGGUAGGGCCCGGUAAAGUGGUAGCGUGGGCGGGCUUUUACUCCCUUUAUCAAUCGGGAUUUUAAUUACACACGUCUGGAGCGACAGCUAGAUUAGAAACCAAUCGACGCUAUCGGCCACAAAAUCUAAUUACUGUUUAUUGACAGAUAAGGGCAGGCCCCCCUCACUUUUCCAAAUAAGAUAAACCUCCCCCCCCCUUGCGCACAAUGAAGAGCAGCUCAUACUGUCAUGAAAGACUCUAUGAUAAGUAAAGCACCACCAGAGAAUUCCUCCAUGCUUAUAUGGAGAGUUGGCUCGAAGGACUUCUCUCGAACGAAUAACGUUGGAUCAGUAGGAGAGAGUGGAGUGACACCUCUUCUUCUUUCCAAAAGGAACAGGAGAUAUUUUACUUUAAUCAAUCAAGCCUUCGUGUUGACUAAUGAGUGACCUUUAACCUCAUAGAGAGCAUGCGGGUGAACUGCCCCACGUCCUCCCCAGAGGAUGCUGACCCUCUCUCAAAACUCUUGGCCCCGCCCCUUUGCCACCCUCGCUCAUAUUUACCGCCUCUACAGCCGCUCUUUGCCUUUUCAAGCCGAGAAUGGCCCUCAGGUAAAUAUGGGAGUAAAUGAUUGGAUUAUUGUUCUUUCAUUUGGCUGUGUAGUAAUGGCUGGAUUAUAAACAUUGCAGGAUAUAGAUUUCCUGUCAGAUCCUAUGAAUCAGACAUCCUUAUCUCAUUUCCAGACCGCCGCUCUAUCCAGCGCGGCUGCGCACACACACACUCAGACACACACACGUAGUCGCACACACAAUAGCAGAUACAUGCAGGAUUGAAGCAAGGAGAGAGACGAGGAGAAUCGCCACCAAGCUCAACACGGGCAGUCCAAAGUCCAUUUGAAGAUUUCAAAAAACACUUAAGCCCCCCCGUCCAUAUUUGUUAAGCAAGUGAAUCUAAGGGUUGUGGUGCAUAGAAUUCAAAGAGCAGGGAGGAGCAUCAAAGAGCAGGGAAAAGGUAGUGAGAUGUCUCCUAAAUGGAAUUUAGGUGUGGGUUGGAUUGAGGGUGGCUGACAGUAGUUGGAAUAAGUCAGGAGUGGUUCGAAUCUUCUGAUUCAGUUUGAGUCGCAAUCACAAGUAAACAUGUUUGGGUUUGAAUAAUGCAGGACUUUUUUUUCCAGAACUAGAGAUGGAUGCCUGGUUCCUCCGACGAUGGCAUACCAUAUCCCCCCCCUUCUUAUUUUUUUCACUACAUUACCAAUAGUGUAACUCAGUUUGCUGUGUGGAACAGCAACUACUGCAAUCCAUCAAAAAAGAAAAGUCUACUUACAACUACAAGGCUACAACUCACCAAUGAGUGGCUAAAAAGACGAAGUAGUUCUUGAUGAAGUGGGUGCUUCUUAAGUGAUGGGUCGCUGAGAAAGAGAGAGUGUGUGUGCAUAUGCUCCUUCAUCCUUUCUAAUUUGAAAGUGCUCUAGCUUGACUUGUGUCAAAAAUGUAUUUUUAGAGUACUUCACUUGUUAAGCGUCGGCCCAUCAGAGCAAACGGCAGAGAGUGAUAAUCGCCGUUUGAUUGAGGAUGACUUUGAAAAAGAGUGCACACACACACACAUGUACACACCACCAAUAUGUUUGAGAGGGACAAUUCUCCAAGCUUGUGUAUUGGUUAUAAGUGCAUAUACAAGGAACAUAUAGAAAUGUGUUUACAAAUUAAAAUGGGCUAAAUUAAUCCACAGUGUUUUCGUGUAAACUCUGAGCAUACGCCAAACAGAGGGAACUAAUCAGAGCCCCCUUUGUCGUUCUUUAGCACUAAAGUGCUACGCCAUUACAUUUAUAGAUUUUCUAUUUGAUGGGAUAAUUUGGUCUUUAUAUCUCUCUCUCAAAUGAAGUGAUCCUCAGUACUCCUAGUGUACAGCUUUCAGUGUCAAUGCUCAGGUCCCAUUUUGAAAUACAGUUAAUUGCUUUUGAAAAGGAUCAAUGAUACUUUUGCGGGUAGCAAUAUCAUUCUUUUAAUGCUACUUAAUUUGCUCCCUGAAAUGAUUCCGUCAAUAGUUUGGAGUCGAUUUCUAUCUUUCACUGUGAAUUAAUCUAUCAUGGACAGUAAUUGCAUGUUUGUAAGGGAGAGGCUUUUUGUGCUCACAAGUCAGAGUAGUUGAGUGCCCAUUGUGAGCCUGCUUGUUGGCACUCUUUUGGCUGUCAUUCAUCUGCUUUAUGAAUAACACUGACUUUGUGAGAAAAUAAAUAAAUAAAUAAAUACAUAAAUAAAUAAAUAAAGUCACCUCUGCUGUAGCUCCUCUGUGGCCUUGUUGCGAGAGAGCCCUCCCUCUAGUGGAGAUGAGGGCACUCUUUAUUGCUCCUGCAAGCUGGAGCCCACCACAACUGAGGUCAUCAGAGGUGCAAACCGUCAGAUCUGUACUGCUAGAAUCUGCACUGCAAAUAUUUCUUUGAUUUAUGU